CCUCCAGUUACUGGGCAUCAGACUCUCAUUGUUGAAGAAUUCGAACCAGAUGUCUUCCGUCAGCUCAUUGAGUAUAUUCACACUGGUUGUGUAAUGUUACAAGCCCGUACGCUUUUAGGACUAGUGAAUGCAGCUGAUUACUACAGCUUAGAGGAGCUGCGGAGAGCCUGUAUGGGUUUUGUCCAAAGUUGUAUUAACGUCGAUACUGUAUGUGCUCUUCUCGCAUCAGCAGAGAAAUACAUCCAGUACAAGUGUACCAAGUCUUUAGUUCAAAGGGUUUUAGAGUUUGUGGAUAACCAUGGAAACGAAGUGCUCAGCCUUGGCUCCUUCGCACUGCUUCCUCUUCACGUGGUGAGACUCAUCCUUUCUCGAGAAGAGUUACGAGCCGAUGAAAUGACUAAAUUCCAGGCAGCGAUGCACUGGAGUCGUCGCUACUGUGACAGUAUGGGAAACGCUGAUUUGCGUGAGACCAUCGCUAACUUUAUUGAGUAUAUCGAGUUUUACAAAAUUCCGGCGAGUGUACUUAUCAAGGAAGUGCAUCCUGUUGGAGUUAUACCAGACCACGUGAUUAUGAAUGCUUUAGCAUAUCAAGCCGACCCCUCGAGUGUGGAUGUGAAUAAACUCAGCUCUCCUAAUCGCUUCCGACGGGCCAGUCUCCAACCAAACUUGCUUCGUUCCACGGGACUCGAUCGCGACGCCGCUGCUGCUGCUUCCUCACUGAGAGAAAAUCCUGAUGAAAACCGGCCCAGACAACCAGGACAGAAACGCAGACCUUAUAGAAGAAGUAACACUCUCGCUGAAAGCUAAAUUAGUUGUGCUGAUGUUGACACCGAGAUUUAAUGUUGCGUAUUUAAUCAGUGUAGUGUUAAAUCUGUUUCACUGUAGAUGUCUGUGAUAAAUAUUGUUAACCGGGAAAAGGAAUGAUGGAGAAACUGGACACCGAGAAUUAAUAUUGCGUAUUUAAUCAGUGUAGUGUUAAAUCUGUUUCACUGUAGAUGUCUGUGAUAGAUAUUGUUAACCGGGAAAAGGAAUGAUGGAGAAACUGGACACCGAGUAUUAAUAUUGCGUAUUCGAUCAGAAAUAGAAAAGACAGUAGUAGAAACGGUUCCUGUGAAUAGAAAUGGCUCCCUUUAUUCUUGUUUUCCAAGGUAUUUUCUCAUGGCACAUAGUAUAGAUAACGGUAUGUUUAAUUAAUAUUAAAUUGUGAUCAAAGCAAGCUACUAUACAUAGAUCAGGAAAAUUAUAUAUAUCUAGAU